AUGGCUUCCUGUAUAGAACUGUUUGAAGAUGAAACACAAAACUGUAUCAAGUGUCUUUAUGGUAUGACACUUACACGAAAUGCCAUUGUUCCCUUGGCAAAAGAUGUUAUAAACCGCUUUAGAGACGACGCAAAAGAAAGCGCGACCAAGAAAAACAGAUUAAGCGAAAGUGCAAACUGCUCAAGCUGCAGUACGAAAGACGUUGUACCUUGUGGUACAUGGGGCAUUUGCGUCUAUCGAAAGGGUAGGUGUAGAUACCACGUUGUGCCACCAAAGCAGUGUCCAAACAAGUUAUGCAAUGAAAUGUUUUCACAUAUAAUGAAACACCACAGAUAUGGUAAACCAUCUUGGAAGAAUACUGAUGCGUCAGCUUGGUGUUCCAACGAGUGGGAAGUUGCAAAGUGCUUUUGUCCACCCGAUGGCUACGCUCACUCGAUAUCAGCCGAAAAAACAGAUUUGAGUGGGCUUUUAAGUAUUAUACAAAACUGUGAGGAAUUCGAAAGGUAUUUUGAUGAUAUGAAGAAGAUUGAUGAGGUCGGCAGGUUCUGUAGAAGCUUUCGCCACUCCUCAGAUAUGCAAGUAACGUGCCAGGAAAUGUUGGACUUUUUUCAAGCCUUGACAAACUUGCUAUCAGAUAGCAAAUGUAUUGGUAUUAAACCAGAAGCAAUGUUUGCAGUUAAGGAAUUGAAAAAGUUACAGUCAAACACACUGUCUAUCAGCUCCGAAGAAGUAAAGAAACUUCUACUUUUGGAAAAGGGGGUCAAAGAAGAUUGUGAAAAUACGUUAUACGAAGAAAGGCGUGACGAAAUCGUUACAUUGAUAGACAUCGUUUCGCGUUUUGAGCAUAUAAAGCAAAUGCCAGUAGUGCCUGAUCAAAAACGCCAUCGUGUACGUCCAGCCAAAUAUGAUGAUGGUUACUUGCCAAAGAGAACAAAGGGUGACAGAGCGCCACAUAGCUCAAGUGUUGACGUAAACGAGAGGGAGAUUGUGGUACAUGGACAUAUUUACAGGCAUUUCCCUGUUUACCAUCAUACAGUUAUGCAGAUGAACGAAUGCAUUGCAGACUUCGAAAAAUGCCUUAUCCAACUUAAUAUGAAAGCAGACAAAGGCAUUGUAUCUAAGCGACAAAACGUUAGAGUUCAAGUAAUGUCUGGAAACGAGAACUUACUGAAUAUCGUAAAAGAGAAACUUGGGAAUGAUUGCAAUGCUCUAUAUGAACCGGAGGACAAGGAGGCUCCAGUCAUCCUUAUCGGUGGUGACGCAAGCCAUGAUGCCAUCAUGGAUGCACAAAGAAGGAAAAAAAACAUAGGAAUACUUUUAUUGAAGUCGAAAUCUGCAAAAAUUGCAUCUUCAGAACUAAAAGGAACUAUCAUUGAUGAAACUGCAUCGACGGACACAGACGAUAUUCUUGACCGGAUGGAUCACUUACUUGAAAGAAUUACAUUUACAGAGUUAGACAAACUAACACAGGUUUUAGUUAUACUAAAAAACUCCUUUUCAAGUAAAAAUGAAGACAACUUAGAACAAAAACUUCUAAAGCACGGAUUACACUUUUCACCAACCGAUUAUAAAUCUCCAGGAUUCGCACAAAAUCCUCAUCGCAUACACACAAGAGGUGCAGAAAAGUACCAGAUCGAAUCUUUAUCAAAGAGGAAAAAAUCAGAGGAUGAAAUUGCUCGACAAAUACAUAGAAUAGAAGCGAUGUACAAACGAAGCGGAGUCCCAAAGUCUGAAAAACCUCAAUUUGCAGAGAAAACUCCAAAUGUUUCGAUUGAACAGAUCAAAACCCUUCUGAGUGGCGUUUUAGACAUACGCGGUUAUGGAAAAAGCUUCGGUAAGAUUAAUAUUUAUGUAGCAAAUACUGCAUGCAAUGACAGGGGGCAGAUCACCACAAAGAUUCAUGAUCAAUUAUUAAAAGGAGGCAUUGAUGACAACGCAUACAUAAUCGAGUGUGUAUCCGAUGAUGUAAGACUAUUCCACAAAGUGGGUGGAAGAGUCUUCAAAUCACCUCGAGCAGGAACUUUAGGAGCAUUUGCAAAGAAAAUUGAACAUGCAACAUCGGGUUCUGGACAGCCGCAAUGGACUCCAUGUGCGUUGCUGUCUCUACAUGUCGCUCAAAAGCAAGUUGAUUUAGCUGAAAAGGAUGGCAACAUCCCACUGAUAACUGAACAGGGAAAAGUCGGUCAUUUGCUCCGCCCACUCGACGGAUCGCUUGACAUAGCAUCGGCUGCAAUAGACAUCGAUAAGUGGAAAGAUUUUGAAGUAAAAAUGAAGAAUGAAGACGGUGAUUUCAUGCUCUGCUCCUUAUAUGAAAAUGAAGACAGUAGUUCAGACGAAGAAACUUCGUUAGAUGGAUUACAUGUGCAUAUUUGGGGUGCUGAGUCUGUUCCUGGACGUGGAAAAAUACGUGACGGAAACUAUCAGAAUGCAAACGGCUUGCACAUCGUGGUUGAAGACAGACAAUGUUCUACAGAAAACUUUUGCAAAGGAGGCGAUAGUG